GGGCUUCUGACCCAAUUCUUCUCCAUCAAUCUUGGCGGCUAUAAGAGCAUCCUAUUUGCACGAGAGGGGAGAAGGAGAAGGAAGAGGUGAGGAGCGCCGUUGACAAGCGGCCUUCUCUUGGUCGGUUAAAUAUGGAAGACCAGCUAAGAUAUCCAUCUGUGCUACAGAAAUUGAAUGGACAAUCUUACUUCGUUUCUAAGCUUGCCCCUCGUUCCCCUGUUAGGAAUAGCAGCGUUCACAAAUUCCCUCAUACCUAUGGCAAUGCAGCACUGCAGAUCCCAAUCAUGCAAAAUUAUCACGGAAGCAUCCCACCCAUCACUCCAUCCUUUUCUGUCGUUGCUUCUGCACCAAAGGAAGCUGGCGCUACUGGAUUCCUUAUUGAUUUCCUCAUGGGAGGAGUCUCUGCUGCCGUCUCAAAAACAGCUGCAGCUCCCAUUGAGCGUGUCAAGCUAUUGAUCCAAAACCAGGAUGAGAUGAUCAAGGCCGGUCGUCUCUCUGAGCCCUACAAAGGCAUCGGCGAUUGUUUCGCCCGAACAAUGAAAGACGAAGGUGUUGUUGCUCUUUGGCGAGGCAACACCGCCAAUGUCAUCCGUUACUUCCCCACGCAGGCUUUGAAUUUUGCCUUCAAGGAUUACUUCAAAAAGAUGUUUAACUUUAAGAAGGACAAGGAUGGCUAUUGGAAAUGGUUCGCAGGCAACUUGGCUUCUGGUGGACUCGCCGGUGCUUCCUCACUUAUGUUUGUGUACUCUCUGGACUAUGCACGAACCCGUCUGGCUAAUGAUGCCAAAGCUGCCAAGAAAGGAGGUGAAAGGCAGUUCAAUGGUCUCGUUGAUGUUUACAGGAAGACCAUUCAAUCUGAUGGCGUGGUCGGACUCUAUCGUGGCUUCAACAUCUCUUGUGUCGGCAUCAUAGUGUACCGCGGACUCUACUUCGGAAUGUAUGAUUCCUUGAAACCAGUGGUUUUGGUUGGCGCCUUACAGGACAACUUCUUCGCAAGUUUCUUGCUUGGAUGGGGUAUUACAAUUGGUGCGGGUCUUGCCUCGUAUCCGAUCGACACUGUUCGUAGAAGAAUGAUGAUGACGUCCGGCGAAGCCGUCAAGUACAAGGGCUCGUUGGAUGCGUUCAAGCAGAUUUUGAAGAACGAGGGCACCAAAUCUCUAUUCAAGGGGGCCGGCGCCAAUAUUCUGCGUGCUGUUGCGGGUGCUGGUGUGCUUGCCGGUUAUGAUAAGCUUCAGGUGUUGGUCUUUGGAAAGAAGUAUGGUUCCGGUGGUGGGGGCUAAUGCUUUCAGAGCUUUUUUUUUGGAUUCAUGAGAUUGAGUUAUUGAUGAUGAUGAUGAUGAUGAUGAUGAACACAUAAUGGUAGGAUUUUAUUAUCUGCGCUUUUUUAAUUUUCAAUCUUCCUUCAGAAUAAUUCUUGCAACUGAUUAGCCAAAAUUUUCCCUUGGGGUUUUUCUUGGGGUUAAUGGAGUGGCUUUGAACUUUGUUCUUGA